AUGCAUGAACAUGCAUUUAGUAUUGUUGAGGAAGAAGGUUUUCAUUUUAUGAUGAAGUGUUCUAAUAUUUCAUAUGAGAAAAUUAGUCGGAAGACAUUGAAGAAUGAUUGUAUUGUUGUUUAUGAAGCUGAAAGAAAAAAGUUGAAGUCUACUUUAAGGACAAUAAAUAAGAUUUGUUUGACCACUGAUUUAUGGAAGUCACAAAAUCAGAAGAUAGAAUACAUGGUGUUAAUUGGCCAUUUCAUUGAUGCUGACUGGGUUUUGCAGAAACGCAUUCUUAGUUUUGUUCAUGUUCCUCCUCCUCGGCGUGGUGUUGAUAUUGCUGAUGCUAUCUUCAAAUGUCUUAAAGAUUGGGGUAUUGAAAAUAAAAUAUUUAGUGUGUCAGUGGAUAAUGCACAUUACAACGAUAGAUGUUUGAAAGAGUUAAAAGUUCUGAUUUUAAGGCACCGGAAAUUAGUGUUAGAUGGAAAGUUAUUUCAUGUGCGUUAUUGUGCGCAUAUACUAAAUUUGCUUAUUCAAGAUGGUAUUGGGAAAAUAGCAAAAAUAGUUGAAGACGUGCGUGAAAGUGUGAAGUUCAUCAAUCAGUCUGAAGCAAGGUUGCAAACAUUCUCACAAAUAGUUCAACAACUAAAGCUUGGUGGUAAAAAAUUAAUUCUUGAUUGCCCUACUCGUUGGAACUCCACCUAUCAAAUAUUGUCAGUUGCAAUGCAAUUCAAAGAAGUCUUCCCUCGUUUUCAAGAUCGAGAACCAAGCUAUACAACUCUUCCAGAUGAUGAUGAUUGGGAAAAGGUUGAAAAAGUUUCCAAGUUGCUAGAGGUAUUUAAUGUUGUUACAAAUAUUAUUUCAGGUGGAGCAAGUGCAAACAGAAAUUACAUUACUCCCUUGAUGAUAAAUAGAGAGCUAUCAAUGCAGGUUAUCCUUUCCUUACUAGCUAUGACAGUAAAUCAGUUGACAGUUGGUGUAAUGAAGAUUGAAGUUGAAUAA